GAUCGACGGUGGCCAUCGCCCCUUAUCCCUUUCCUCAUCCUCCUCCUCCUCUCCCAUCCCACUCCGCUCCACUCCCUCGUUCACUCGCGACGAAGAGGAACAGGAAGAGGAAGAGGAAGAGGAAGGAUAAGAAUCGCUUCCGGCCGCGUCGCCAUGUCGUGCUUGGCGGCGCCGCAGUUCAAGUGGCCUUCUCCUCUCCAUUCGCUUCACCCGAAGGCUAGAGAUUCUGUUUGCAGCAGAACUCAGUGUGCAUUGUCGCCUCCAUCAGUGGUUGAAAUUGAGCACAUACCUACUCUGGAAGCUCAUUCAACUUAUGUUAGUAGACCCCUAAAAUAUGCAGCAACUGUCGGUCCUCCUGGAAAGGCAAGUAUUGUGGCAACCUUGGCCACGGAAAGUCUUCUAACAUGUGAGGAGGCAGUGAUAGCAGCCGCAGCAGCUGAGGCAGUUGCUCUUGCUAGAGCAGCAGUCGAAAUUGCCAAAGUGGCUGCUUUGAAAGCUGGAAAAAAUACAUUUGCAGAAUCACAUAUGUCAGAUCUGCCGUCAACAAGCACAAGAAUACCCAGUCAAGAGAUGGUUAGAAUUACUGAAACAAAGUGGAUCAGUCACUCUCAUAUUGUUGAGCCCUUCAAAGACAAUGCAACCAAAGAUCCAUCUGAGAGUACAGAUGCUUCUACCUUAGCUUUCAAUGAACCAAACAUUCAAGAAAUAUAUAACUCUAUAGCUGUCAAGUCUGAACGUCAAACUGAGAGAAGAACUAGAAGAGCAAGAGCAGCAGAGAAGCCUGCUGGUGCUAUUUCUCGCAAGUCUGGAAAGAAAAAGCGCUCCUCUAUUCAGCCAAUUGACUACUCAGAUCCCUUGCGUUACUUCAGGGGUACAACAAACAGUUCAAAGCUUCUUUCAGUAGCUGAAGAGCUAGAAUUGUCAGAAGCAAUCCAACACCUACUAAGCCUGGAAAGGCUCAAGAAGGAGCUUGUUGAAAGAAAUGGUGGUGAGCCAACAUUUGCUCAAUGGGCAGGAGCUGCUGGAGUAGACCAAAAGACUCUAAGGAAACAUUUAAGCCAUGGUAGAUUUUGCAAGGAUAAGAUGAUCAAGAGCAACAUCCGUCUUGUGAUUUCAAUUGCGAAAAACUUUCAGAAUGCAGGGCUGAACCUUCAGGAUCUUGUUCUGGAAGGAUGUAAGGGCCUUGUCAGAGGUGCUGAAAAGUUUGAUGCUUCAAAGGGAUUUAAAUUUUCUACCUAUGCACAUUGGUGGAUCAAACAAGCAAUCCGGAGAUCUCUUUCUGAGCAAUCAAGGAUAAUCCGUUUACCGUUUCACAUGGUCGAGGCGAAUUACCGAGUACGAGAGGCCAGAAAGCAACACUAUAGUGAGAACAAGAGGUAUCCUGAUAAUGAAGAAGUUGCUCGGAUCACUGGGUUGCCUUUAAAGAGGGUUGAAGCAGUAUUGCUUACCCGAAAGGCUCCUAUAUCUCUGGACCAGAAGACUGGAUUUAACCUGAAUCUAAAGCCUUCAGAAAUCAUUGCUGAUCCUGAAGCUGAGACGUCGGAAGACAUUCUCAUCAAGCACUUCAUGAAGGAGGAACUGCAUAAGGUACUCGACACUUUGAAUCCCAGAGAGAAGCAGGUUAUGAGACUGAGAUUUGGGCUGGAAAAUGGGAGGAUGAAGACAUUACAGGAGAUAGGGGAGUUGAUGGGCAUAAGUCGAGAGAGAGUUCGUCAAAUUGAGUCUUGCGCUUUCAGAAAACUUAAAAGCAAGAGGAGAACAAGGAGUCUGCAGCAGUACCUGAUCUCAGUGGACAAGGUGCAAAUUGUGAAAGGGACUAGGAGGUGACAAGAGAUUGCGGACUAGAGGAUCUACCCUCGCCUAACUCCCCACUUUCAAAUGCCUUCUUGUUGGCAAUGUAGACGAUGGAAAGAGAUGUGCAUGAUACAGAGAGGACCUGCACGGGACAGAGAGAGGCCAAUUCAUCCGCCAUUAUUGAGACUGAGAACAGUUCGAGAAUAGGAGAUGCAUGAGGAGGCGAUGGGGCCAUGAGACAGGGACUUAAAGUAUCAGUGUCGUAAGUCUCAUCACACUUGUCUCUUCAUCUCUGUUGCAAUCGUUGUUUCAGAUCUUGUGAUAGAAGAGAUUUUAGUAUUUUCCUUGAUUUUAUUCUGCUUUUAUGAUCGAGAAAAGU